AUGAAAGUUGUGAGACCUGCUCUGGACCAGGCCCGUACCACUGUUGUCCAGUGUCCCCCAGGCAUGCUGAAAGAGGAGGGCAGAUGUCUCCCCCACUGCAGCAUCGGUCACUUCCUACAGAAUGCACAGUGCAUUGCUUGUGACGGCAGUUGUUCCUCAUGCUCUGGACCUGGCAGGGACCAGUGUUUGUCCUGUGUCCAGCCUGGUAAGGUGGUCAGUAGAGGGCAGUGUGUGGAACAGUGUGGUCACCAGUCCUUCCUUAGCAACGGCAUCUGUCAUGUUUGCCCUGGUGAGUGUGAACGGUGUCUUCCUGACAGUCCCCAGUGUGAGACCUGUUCUCAGGAGGCACUGUUUUACAAAGGUCGAUGUCUGACCACCUGUCCUGUAGGAUUUUAUUCAGACUCACAAUCUGCGUGCAGAGCCUGCCACCCCAGCUGUGAUGGGUGCAAAGGAGGUGGAGACUCUAACUGUACCUCAUGUCAUGGUGGGGCAAGACUAAGUGGGGGUCGUUGCAGGAUGCCCUGUCCCCCUGGCCAGUACCUGCGCAUGGACGGCAACUGUAGACGUGAGUUUAUGAAUAGCAAGAAUUGUCCAGUCAUUACAUUAAAAGCAUUUACCAAAGUGGAAAUUUGGCUGUGUCCCUGGCUGUCGGUACUGUCAUGUGGACCCCCUGACGGAGGGCAGACGCGUUGCAUGAUGUGUACAGAGCGUCAUCAGGUGCCUGUGGGGCCAGUGUGUAAGGAUGAGUGUGGUCCAGGACGCUACUUGGAUCAUAACAUUUGCCAAGACUGUGGUAAAGGCUGUGAGGUGUGUGAGGGACCAGCUGUGUGCCUGCGCUGUGAACCACCUUAUGUGCUCCACAACACUCAGUGUGUCCAAACUUGUAUGCAGGGUCAGUUUAUCAGCCUUGAGGAAGGAAUGUGUCAGGACUGCCCGGAGAACUGCGUGCGGUGUGAGUCAGUCAGCACCUGUCAAGUGUGUGACUCUGAGACUCACCUGUUGGAGGGUCAGUGUGUUCAGCAGUGUGGGCCAGGCCAUAUUGUAGAGGAUGGAGUCUGUCAUGGGAACCAAUUCGCUCCUGUGUUUCAAGUCCUAGGCGAGAUAAGCGUGACAGGUUUGGGCCAGGCAGCAGUUGUCUCCCCUGAUCUGAUUUACGUCAGUGAUGAGGAUACUGCCGAGGAGAGACUCAGGCUUUACGUGAUGGAGACAGCUCGUAAUGGCGAGUUAGUGAAGUCCCAGUGGGGUAAGGACAGACCUCUGGGUGUGGAGGACACCUUCACCUUACAGGACCUGCGGGAGAAGAGGAUCAUGUUUAAACAUGAUCCAGGCAGAACACCUCAAGGUGAGGUGAAGCUGAAGGUCAGUGAUGGUCAGCUAUUCAGUUUGACCCGAGCAGUUUCCAUCCAGGUGAGAUCAGAGGAUCCCAUGGCUGUGGUCAGUAAGGGAUCAUUCAUGGCCAAAGUGGGACUGGACACCCAGCUGGAUAGCAGUAUACUGGAUGUACAGAGUGAGACCAGUGCUUAUCCUGUAACCAUCAGUGUCUUAGAAGGUCCACGUUAUGGCAAACUGGUACACAAAGUUCACAAAGCUGUGGUUACUCAGUUCCCAUUGGGUGAACUAAGGUCAGGCAAUAUCAUGUAUCGCCAUGACGGCACUAACUCCGCCUCCUCAGAUAUGAUGGUCCUUCAGCUCACAGAUGGCUACAAUGUGGUCAAUUUGAUACUCCAGGCUGAAAUCAGAGAAAAGGAUAGUAAGAUCCCGAUCCUGGUGACCAAUGAAAUGGCCUAUGUACAAGAGAAGGGCCUGGUGAAGAUAACGGUGGAACUGUUAGAGGUGAGGUCAGCUGACACCGGAGCCACAGACCAGGCUGAUCUCAUCUACACACUGGUACCAUCCAGUCCAGAGAAUCCUAAGGAAGGCGAGAUCCUUAUGGUGGUGCCAGUGCCACCAGGGGGAGUAACUCCUGGCUGGCAGAGCAUGAAGGAUGGGCAGAUGGCAUCCCCUGUAUUCCGAUUCCUCCAGCGAGAUGUGGAGGAGGGAAGAAUCUGGUAUAAAAACACUGCUGGGAAGGCUGGGGCCGAUAGUUUCAGGUUUGAGGUGUCUGACAUGUCUGUGCCUCCCAACAUCCUCCGUGGGCAGACUUUCCACAUCACCAUUGUUCCCAGUCCUGUAGCAGCUCUGGACCCCCCAACUCUGUCUCCAGAUACCUACCUCGGAAUGACGGUAUUGGAGAAUGAGGUGGCCUUUAUUGGAAAUGAUGUGUUGUCUUACCCGAGUCCAGAGGGUAGCCCUGCUGACAUCAUGUACAGGGUAACAGAGCCCCUGGGUUUGGAUGAGGGGGCUAUAGAGCAUGUGGACAGUCCCUUCAUCAUGCUCUACAGGUUCACCCAGGAGGAUAUUGAUAAGGAGAAUAUCAUCUACAGGCCACCUAUCACAGAGCUGGGCUCAGGCAGUAGGGAAGUGCAGUUCAAGUUUGUAGUGACUGACGAAGAGACUGGGUUGAGGAACCCUGAAACAGACAUUUACAAUAAAGAUUGCUCCAGUUAA